AUGGCGCCUAUUGAUAAUCUAUUGAAUAGCACCAACGUCCCUGAAGUGGGACAAAACAACCAGAGUUUUAACAAAGAGAAUUACAAUUACCAAACUUCGGCUGGUUCAUCACCACUUUCCGCUGCUGGCCAGAGGUCUUCUUCAUCUUCAUCAAGCUCAGAUGAUGAUACGGUUCAGAUGCACCCAUGCAAAUGGAAGGAUUGCUCUUUGGAGUUUACGUCUGCGGAGAUCUUGUACCACCAUCUCUGUCAAGAUCAUGUGGGCCGCAAGUCACAGAAGAACUUGCAACUUAACUGUCAGUGGGACCAGUGCCACACUAAGACGGUUAAGAGAGACCAUAUCACUUCUCACUUGAGGGUGCACGUUCCGUUGAAACCGUUUUCGUGCUCUACUUGUAGCAAGAAGUUCAAGAGGCCACAGGAUUUGAAGAAACACUUGAAGGUUCACAACGAGGAGCUAUCGCUGCUCAAGAAGAAGCGUGGGCCAAAACCAUAUAAUAAGGUCGGGAAAAUGGCUUCUGGGGAUUCCGUUAAUAGAAACUACGCUCAUCAGAAGUUCACUCUGCCGUCUAUCAGCCUCGAGAAGUUUAUUCACGACGAGGUGAAAACUCAGCCUCCUGUUUAUUCGCAACAGCUAGCCGAGAAGAUGGCAUUUGUUCCAUUGAUGCGUUCCAAUAGCAUCAACACUGUUAACAAUAACAGUAAUCAAAAUAGCAACACAAGCAACUCGCCAUCGUCUCCAGCUCUAUCGCCUGCGUCAUCUGUAGCAGUAUCUCCUAGCUCCCUUCCGCAACACAAUCCUGUCGGCUACCAUGUACAGCCACCUUCUACUGUUGGCCAUGGAACAGAUCUAAGGUAUGCGGUCGGAUUCUUCAACAACCUCUCCAUGGACAUGUCGAGAAAUUACUCUAAUAAGUUACCACAUCCAGCGUUUGUCAGUGGAACACCUGUCUCCGCACCUCAGUCUUACCCAGUCAUUCCAAAGUUGCCUAGUAUUUCGUCAACAUUGAACGUUGGACCUCCAGCGCCCAUGUUGCCAGUCUUCAACAGAUUCGAUACCUAUCAUUCUCUGGCAUCUUCUACCUCUUCUGCAUUCCAUCCUCACAGCUAUUCCAACUCUUAUAGCUUGCAGCAAAAAUCCUCAUUACAUGAAGCAUCAUCGGUGUCCGCCAAGCAAGUGGAUGCUUUGCAAGAUUCUCUCAAGUCACUCGACUUGUCUGAUAAGAAGAAGGAAGAGGAUGCUGCUGCUAAUGAUGAUGAAGAUGACUUGUUCGCCCUCACUUAUUCUACUGUCAACUUGUUGAAGGACUACUUGUUGUGUGAAUUGAUGGAAGAACUUGACGAGUUCAGUGAACUAAAGCAAAAUUCGCAAUCGCUAGACGAUUCCAUUAACUUACAACAAGAAUCCUCGUCUUUAGAUGGGAAAGCUUACUCGGAUAAGCUUGCAUUACCAAGAUACCCUCAAGUCGUAGUCUGA